GUGACAUGCCGUUUGCAUGUCACCUGAUCUCCAUCCCGGCGCAAGGGCUCCGACCCGCACGAGCUGGACCAGUCCAUGGAGGUCAUGCUAUCCUACAUCUACGCCAGCCUCCCCGACUUCCCGCUCUACGACGGCCGGCGGCUGCCCCCCGCCCUCGCCACUCCCGACGGCGCCGACCGCCUCACCCGCCUCCCCCGCGAGCUCCGGCGCAAGAUCGUCUCCCGCCUCCCCGUCAAGGACGCCGCGCGCACCGCCGUGCUCUCCUGGCGCUGGCGGACGAUCUGGCACUCCACGCCGCUCGUCCUCAUCGACGCCCACCUCCUCCCCAAAGGCCAGGGCUUUCCCCCGACCUACUCCGCCAGCUCGCCGCCCGUCGCCGCCGCCGUCUCCAGCAUCCUCGAGGCCCACCCGGGGCCCUUCAGCUGCGUCCACCUCGUGUGCAGCCGCAUGGGCGCGCACCGCCCCCAGCUCGCGCGCUGGCUCCAGCUCCUCGCCGCCAAGGGCGUCCAGGACCUGGUCCUCGUCAACCGCCCCUGGCCGCGCGACGUGCCCCUCCCCGCCACGCUCCUCAGCAUCAGCACCCUCACCCGCCUCUACCUCGGCCUCUGGAAGUUGCCCGGCGCGGCCGCCCUGCGUGGCGCCUCCUUGCCCCACCUCCGCGAGCUCGGCCUCUGCUGCGUCGAGAUGGAGCACGGCGACAUCGACUCCCUCGUCGCCAGGAGCCCCGUCCUGGAGAUCCUCAACAUCCUCGCAUGCUUCAAGGGCUUGCGUCUCCGCGUCGUCAGCCAGAGCCUCCGGUGCGUGCAAAUCUGCCUCUCGAUUAUGGAGAACAUCACAGUGGUGAAGGCUCCACGCCUGGAACGGCUCAAUCUGUAUGCAUCUUGCAACACCGCCACCGGGCAUGGCUUGUGCACCCGAGUUAGGAUUGGUGAUGCCCCCAAGCUGCAAGCUUUUGGAUACUUGGAGCCGGUUCACGUCCUAGAGAUCCGAGACACCAUCAUCAUGGCUGGGAUAAAGCCGAGCACAAGUACCAUGGUCACAAGCGUGAGGUUUCUUAGUUUGAUUGUGCGCUUCGGAGUUCGCAAUGAUGUCAAGAUGCUGCCCACCUUCCUCAGAUGCUUUCCCAACAUGGAGAGCCUUCAUAUUCUGAGUCAAAAAUGUGAUAAACCCACUGGUAACCUCACCCUCAAGUUCUGGGAGGAGUCAGGUCCCAUUGACAAUAUCGUCUCGCGUGUCAACAUGAUGAGUCUCCGUGAGUUCAAAGGGGAGCCAAGUGAGGUUGGCUUCCUCGAGUUCUUCUUUCGGAGUGCACGGGUGCUGAAGACCGCAAUUAUUGUGAUGGCCAAUCCAAGUUUCACACCAUUUUUGAAAGAUGUGGCGUUUUCCAAAGUGAGAAGGAGUUCUAGAAACAUGGCAAGUAAAUCCUGCCAAGUGCAUGUCCUGGGUAGUAACGGACCUGAUGGAGGUGAGGUUUGGAGCUUUAAAACUGGGGCGAAUUUUUCUUUCCAGGACCCGUUUUCAGUAGCUGAGGUUCUCGGCCGAUGUUAGUAAUUUCUGUGGAGAGAUGGAUUGAUUUUUGGUGCAUACUAUGAAAACAUGGUGUCUGCCCCUACCAGUGGCCUUUACACUCAUGGUAUUUUGCUUUGCCCGUGUAACCGGUGUUAUCUGUUUCACUAUGUAUGCUCAUUGAAACAUUUGGUUUUGGCAAUAUUUCACUACACUCCA